AUGGUCGUCAGAGGCUUCUUGAGUCGCCCGCUUCCAAGAGCGGCGCUGACGAGCGGCGCUCUGAUGGCCGUCGGGGACGUCGCGGCGCAGCUGGUCACCGCCCACACGCGCAAGGGCAGCACGCUCGUGAAGCGCAAGGGCGACAAGAUAGAGCUGCCCGACAUACAGUUGCCAAAACUGGACUUGAAGCUCUCGUCGCUGCAAGGCGCGCUCGACUCCCUGCGCAGGACCGCGCAGACGCUCGACCUGGACCGCACGGCGCGCUUCGCUCUCGUCGGCGUCACGCUGCACGGCCCCUUCUUCCUGUUCGGGUUCAAGUGGCUCGACGCCGUCAACGUCGGGCCGCCAGGGACGCUCCGGACCGCGAUCUCCAAGUCCCUCCUCGGACAGGUGACACUGUUCCCGGCGUAUCUUUCGGCGUUCAGCGCGUACAUGGGGUACCUCGAAGGUCUGCGCGGGCAGGAGAUCUACGACAAAUGGCGCAGCUUCAUCUGGCCGACGUUCCGCACAGGGUGCAUCAUCUGGCCGCCCGCGAACGUGAUCAACUUCGCCAUGGUGCCCCCCUCGGGCCGCGUCCUUUACAUCAACUGCGUGGGCAUUAUUUGGAACACCAUCCUGUCGUACAUGAACGCGUCCUCCGGCAAGGCCCCCCAGGCGCAGCAGGCGGCGCGAUGA